CGGUGUCGGCCAGAGAGGACAUGUGGGUUCGCUGUUCACGUCCCGGGGUUCUGGCCCUGGCGGGGAUGCGGCGAGCGCUGCUCUGGGCCUCGGGUUGCCGCCGGACUGCGGCCUCCUCCACGUCUGCCGAGCCCUCCCAGGUCCGAGCGCUGGUCUAUGGGAGCCACGGGGAUCCAGCCAAGGUCGUCGAUGACAGCAUUAUUCUCUUCCAGAUUGUCCCCAGGGAAUUUCCUAUUUUCGUGUAUUUAUUUUUACAGUUGAUGUCAGUAUGUCUGACAAGUAUGAGCCGGGUGCUCAAGAACACGGAGCUCGCUGCCAUGGGAGGAUCCGACGUCCGGGUGAGAAUGCUGGCGGCCCCCAUCAAUCCGUCUGACAUAAACAUGAUCCAAGGAAACUACGGCCUUCUUCCCGAGCUCCCUGCCGUCGGAGGGAAUGAGGGAGUCGGACAGGUGCUGGCAGUGGGCAGCAGUGUGACCACACUAAAGCCGGGAGACUGGGUGAUUCCGGCAAGUGCCGGUUUGGGAACCUGGAGGACGGAGGCUGUGUUCAACGAGGAGGCAGUGAUUGGGAUCCCGAGCGACAUCCCUCUGCAGAGCGCAGCCACCCUGGGCGUCAACCCCUGCACAGCCUACCGCAUGCUGAGGGACUUCGAGCAGCUGCAGCCCGGGGAUUCUGUCAUUCAGAACGCAUCCAACAGUGGAGUGGGACAAGCAGUCAUCCAGAUCGCCGCUGCCCUGGGCCUCAGGACCAUCAAUGUGGUCCGAGACAGACCCAACCUCCAGGAACUGACUAACAGACUGAAGAGCCUUGGGGCCGAGCACGUCGUCACAGAAGAGGACCUGAGAAAGCCAGAAACGAGAGCCUCCUUCAAGGACAUGCCCCCACCCCGGCUUGCUCUCAACUGUGUGGGCGGGAAGAGCUCCACUGAGCUGCUGCGGCACUUAGCGCCUGGGGGAACCAUGGUGACCUACGGUGGAAUGGCCAAGCAGCCCGUCGUGGCCUCUGUGAGCCUGCUCAUUUUUAAGGACCUCAAGCUUCGAGGCUUUUGGUUGUCACAGUGGAAGAAGGACCACAGUCCAGCCCACUUCAAGGAGCUCAUCCUCACACUGUGUGACCUAAUCCGCCAAGGCCAGCUCUGCGCCCCUGCCUGUGCAGAGGUCCCACUGCAGGACUUCCAGCAUGCCCUGCAGGCUUCCAUGCAGCCCUUUGUGUCCACCAAGCAGAUUCUCACCAUGUGAUCAUCCCAGAAGAGCUAGAGUGAAGCAGAUGGACAGACAGGCUGCAAGGCCCCAUCCUCUGCUGCUCCUCCCUUUGCUGCCUCUUCCUGCCAGCAGAACUGUGAAGGUGGUCGAGGCUCUCCCCAGCCAGCCUUGGGGUAUCUAAUAAAGUCUGAAUUUUCUAAAAGCACAGAAGCCCUCCCUGGGCCCUGGCCACUUCUCACAGCAAUAGCAGCUCCCUCCUGUCUUUUCCUCAUUUGGCUCCCAGCAAAACCCUCCAGAUCACCUUGAGGCAGAGUUUGGGUGGACGCAGACAGGUGCAACAGCCAAUCUCCUGGAAUCUCUGCCUUCUAGCUGUACCAGCCUACAGGAGAGACCAGUAGCAAUGAAGAUUUUACUCCCCAGGCAGUGUGUGGCUCAGCCCCUGGAAGAAGGCAGGCUGGGCUAAAGCCAUGAGAGCCCCUAGGAGGCAAAGACAUGGGGUCUCAGGUGGCAGGACCACCCUCAUGCACCAGUAGUUCUCAACCAGAGCCAGUCUUAUCCCCAUGGGGAUUCCAGACAAUGCCUAGGGACAUUUUUUGAUUGUCAUGACUUGGGGAGGAAGAGUUGCUGGCAUCCAGUGGGCAGGGGUCAGUGGUGCUUAUGAACAGCCCACAGUAUACGCAUAGCCUCUUGCAUCCCAAAGCGUUCCUGUGCUGCUCCUAAGAGACCCUGCAUUACCAGUCCCCUUGCCACCAGUGACGAGUGCUACAAAAUCAACACCUAAGGGACUAAAGGAGCACCCCUGGGACCCUGGCCUUGGCCUGGGGUCGGGGAGGCUUCUUCGAGGUAAAGCUUGGAAGGCUCUGAAAACAGGCUUGGGAGAGUUACCAUGGCACAGUAGGCCACGCCACCACUUGGGACAUCUGUAUCCCACA